AUGCUUAGCAAAUCCUAUUCUUUUGUCAAUUCUGCUUUCCGAAGCUUACUGGAAAGUGUUAAUGAUCUAAAGACAGCUUUGUUAGUGCGUCGAAGGAUCACUGCUGGUAAUUCAGCCAUGCCUUCGUCAACUUCUUUAAGACCGUCUCCUCCUACAGCAAUUCCCUUGAGAGAAAUCAUUGUUAAACUUCCAAGAUUGUUUCCAAGAUCGGCUUUCAAAUCACUGCGUGAUUUUGAAGACUUCAAGAGAAAUCCAAACUCUCUUCAGCAUGAACUUCUUUCAACGUUACCGUUUUUCCCUAGACCUAAUAAAGAAAAGGUUGCUAAUAUUGUUAGGACACCUGUUGACAACGAAGGAAAUUAUAUCAAUGAGUUUUGCAUUGAACCCAGAUCCAGAAUUCCGGGAGUUUCUAUGAAGCAUUUAAUUUUGAUUCACGGAUAUGGGGCGGGUUUGGGCUUUUAUCUAAAAAGCCUUGAAAGAAUCAACUUCAGUAAGAAUGACUGGUGUAUUCAUGCGAUUGAUCUGCCUGGAUAUGGGUUUUCCUCAAGGCCACGAUUUCCCUUUGAAAUUGGGAAGCACUCUGCGGAGACUGCUGAAAAUUGGUUUCAUGACCGUUUUAACCAAUGGUUGAGAAACAGAGGCCUCCUUGAGGCACCCGAAAGUAACAUGGUAGUAGCGCACUCUAUGGGAGCCUAUUUGUCCGCUCUUUAUGCGAACCGUCAUCCUAAUCAUUUCAAAAGACUCAUCAUGUGCUCCCCUGCUGGCAUCUGUGAAUCUUCAGCUGCAAUGCGCAAGAAAAUCCCUCCCUGGUGGUUUCAGAGAUUAUGGGAUAAAAACAUUUCCCCUUUCUCAUUAGUUCGAAAAUCUGGGUAUCUUGGAUCUAAACUGACAAGCGGAUGGUCAUACCGCCGAUUUAAGCGUUUUAUGUAUGACGAUGACCACGGCCGGACCCAACAUGAGGCUAUGCAUCGAUAUACCUAUUCCAUCUUCAAUCAGAGAGGAUCAGGUGAGUAUCUUCUCAGUUUUGCCCUAAAAUGUGGUGGAGAACCUCGCAAAGCUUUGGAAAAGCGACUAUUUCAUAAUAUCAGUGAUCAAUUCAAAGCUAGCUGUCAGUGGCUUUGGUUAUAUGGCGACCAAGAUUGGAUGGAUAGGUCUGGCGGAGAACGAGUGUCUGACUUUCUGCAAGAGAUGGGGUUGAAAAGUGCCGUGGAAAUAGUUCCAAGCGCCGGACACCAUUUAUAUCUCGACAAUUAUCAAGUUUUCAAUAAAAUUCUCGAAAGGGAAAUGGCAGAUUUUUGA